AUGUCGUCCUUUUUCACAAUUCCAGCGUCUCAGCGCAAGCGGAAGAGAGACGAUCGAGUGGCUGCACCUGGAUCAAAGAAGCGGGGAAUUGCAGCAAAUGGAGAGACUCGCGAAAACUCCUCACGACAUAGACAAGACCGGGACGAAUCCAUAUCAGGAAGCGAUAUUGAAGAAGACGAGGAUGCCUCGGACUCAGGCCUCUCAGAAGAUGCGACAACUUCGGACUCGGACGAAGGCGAAACAGCCGCGGAGCGGAGAUUGAAACUGGCAGAGCGAUAUCUAGAAAAUAUCCGUGAAGAGGUAGUUGAUGAGGCUGGGUUUGAUGCUGCUGAGAUAGAUCGUGACUUGAUCGCUGAGCGAUUGAAAGAGGAUGUGGAUGAAGCCAAGGGUCGCAUAUUUCGGAAAAUAGCUUCUCAGCUCGAUUUCUCAGGCGCUUCACAUUCUUUCUUCCGAGCAGAUACCCAUGCAACCACUGCCGUAGCCAUACACCCUCCGUUUGCAUACACCGUCUCCAAAGAUCGAACACUUAUUAAAUGGGAAUUGGUAUCACCGAAAUUGGCGAAAACUACUGCCCAAGCAAAUGGUGAUCAGAAACGGCCAGAGCACCCAGGGAGGAAAAAGCCGAAACGAUUGAAGUUUGUGAAAGGUCUUCGAAAAGUUCGCGGGAGCCGAGAACUUCAAGGACAUACUGGGAAUAUCUUAACUCUUGCCAUAUCACCAUCUGGCAAAUAUAUUGCAACAGGUGGGGAGGAUAAAAAAUUAAUAAUCUGGGACGCCGAAACACUUGCCCCCAUGAAAACUUUUACUCAACACCGGGACGCUGUCAGUGGCCUGUCCUUCACACGACAUAUUUCUACGCAUAGCUCAGGAGAACAAUUAUUUUCAGGGUCUUUUGAUCGUACAAUCAAAACAUGGUCCCUCAGUGCCGGAGGCCAUGCAUACGUGGAGACUCUAUUUGGACACCAAGACAACGUGGUCUCAGUUGCCUCGAUGAUGACAGACCAGUGCGUGAGCGUUGGUGCCCGGGACCGAACAGCACGUCUAUGGAAAGUCAUCGACGAAACCCAACUCGUGUUCCGCGGCGAAUCCUCCAAGAAAGAAGAGUACCAAAACAACAACAUUGACUGUGUAGCUGUUAUACCACCAACUCACUUCGUGACCGGCUCUGAUUCCGGCUCUCUCUCCCUAUGGUCAAUCCACAAGAAAAAGCCUCUUCAUACUAUCCAACUCGCGCAUGGUUUCGACCCCAUACCCCCCCCUGAAGUAGCAUCGUCUGAGGUAGAUGCUGAAACCGCCGCUCGCAAUGCGCGAUUUAUGCGCCCUAUGCCUCGAUGGAUUACAGCUUUGACCACCGUACCUGGUACUGAUAUCGUUCUCAGUGGGAGUUGGGAUGGCUACAUUCGCGCCUGGCGAGUAUCAGACGAUAAGAAGUUGCUCAUUCCUCUCGGUCCCAUAGGCCCAGUGAGGCAAUCACAACCCAAACACACAUUCUUUACGACAAAUGGCGAUGAAUCCACCGAAGUUGCCCAUCAGGAGAACAAUGAUACACCAAAAGGACAAUCCGAAGAAGAACCGCUUCUCAAAGGCGUCGUGAACAGCAUUGCAGUGUUUGAACGCCGUCCCGAAACAGCCAGAACCAUCAAACCCAAAAAGUCAUCCGGCAAAGAACAACAACAAGUAGAGACUGCUCGCGGGUUAUGCAUCGUCGCGGCACUUGGCAAGGAGCACCGACUGAGUCGAAUGAAAUGCUUCGCGAAUAACUAUUUCGCCGGUCCCAGUGCCCAGGGUCGUAAUGGCGCUGUCGUUUUCGAGGUUCCGUUUUUUGAUAAUGUUGAUCAUGACCGGAUAGAGGCUGAAGCGGCGUUGUCUGCAUAA